AUGGCGUGGGCAAAAAGCAGGAGACAAAGCAGGGAAGGACCGACCGAUGGCGCUGGAUGGGCCGGAGAUCGAAGAAGGCGCUACGCUACUGCGAGUGGAUGCGGCCAGGAAGGCGGUUACGAGAAAAUGAUCGAAGCAAGAGAAAAGGUUGUGUGGAGCUCUUUCCACAAGUCGUACAACAUGGACAGAGGCGCGGUCCAACGUGCACCCAAAAAGGUCGCGGAAUACAAAACGUGCGGUGACGGUGCCUGA